AUGUGUAGUUUAUAUUGGCGGUGCAAAAUAAACCCCCGAAAGCGCUGUUAUUACCGGUGCUGGUACUGGACCAGACGCGGCGUGGUUCAAAUAAAACUAUGGGAAAACAUCAAGUUCGCCGUGAGGCAGUACUACAUGCCCAAUUACGAGGUCUGGAGGGACAUUUACCAGAACUACGGGUCCGUUGUUGGGUUGUUGACUGGCGGAACGCCAACUUUGAUGGUGGCUGACCCGGAGCUCUUGAAAGAAAUUAUGAUCACGGACUUUUCCUCCUUCCCCAACACUCAAUUCAUCGGACGCUCUGGAGACCCCGUCUUGGACAACAUGCUGGUGGCCCUGAUGGACGACGAAUGGCGGGCGACUCGCAGCGUCGUGGCUCCGACGUUCAGCACCUCGAAAAUCAAACACAUGGUCCCGGUUCUGAAUUCCUGUGCUCAGGACACCGUCCAGAGCUUUUGCGACGUCGCAGCGAAGGGUGUUCCGUACGACGUUAAACAGAUCUUUACGGCCUACGUGCUAGACGUGAUUGCGCAAACAAACUUCAGCAUUCGCCUGGACUCCCAUCGAGACGCCAAUAACCCGUUCGUGGUCCAGGCCAAACGAAUAUUCGGCACCGAGAAGUGGAGAGCCUUCUUUUGCUUCCAGUUUCCACGCCUGAGCACCGCCCUGGGUCUUCGAAUAUUUGCGCCAGAAGCGAUCCACUUCUUCGCCGAUCUCAUGACGGACCUGCUGCAGCGGAGGAAAUGUUGCACCGAAAACGAAAUGCAAGACUUCAUUCGUCUCCUGAUGAACGCCGAGCCAACGGACGAGGAUGACCUCUGCGCGCACACUUUAAACGGGGACGGCGUCGUAGUGUUGUCCAGGGACCAGAUCCUCGCCCAAGCCGUCCUGUUCUUCCUGGCCGGGGUGGACACGAGCGCCAAUACUCUGGCCAUGAGCGCCUACCACCUGGCACUCAACCAGGACGUCCAGGAGCGACUCGUGGAAGAAAUAGACCAGGCCCUCCUCACGCACAAAGACAUCACGCUCGACGUUGUCAUGGGCCUGCCAUACCUGGAUGCGUUCGUGAUGGAAGUGCUGCGCAUCAGCGGGCCUGUCACGAUGACUUACCGCACCUGUGUCAAGGACACCAGAGUGGGCACGAUCCCAGUCGACAAGGGCACCCUCGUUCGUAUUCCCAUCUACUCCCUCCAUCACGACCAGAGAUACUUCCCGGAUCCAGAAGUGUUCGAUCCGGGCAGGUUUCUGGGAGACAACCGCAAGCUGAUCCAACCAUUCACCUACCUGCCUUUCGGCGAGGGACCACGCCAGUGCGUGGGAAUGAAGUUCGCUCUUUUCAAGGUCAAGUUCUGCCUGUUUCACGUGCUCUCGAAGAUAAGAUUCCAAGUGUGCCCCGAGACCGACAUCCCACCGACGCACCAGCCCGUGAUUCUGGUGAUGAUUCCAGAGACUGUCACAUUGAAAGUGACCAGAAGAAAACCGGCUGCCGUCCACUGUGCACUUCUAUCGGAGUGA